AAAAGUUAGAUCGAUACUGUCGGUCUGUGGAAUCGGUUCGGUUCGGUGUAGAUAGGUCGUAUCUUGUAGACCUGUUAGCAAAGUUACUCGCUUUCAGUCGAUCUUGGUUUUCGCGACGAAACGGUUGCUUUAUGCCGCGCAACUAAAGUUGCUUUCUUCUUGAUUUAAUCUAGUUCGUUACUUCAGUUCUACUUUGCGAGAGUUGUUACCAAUAACUUUUAAAAAUGUUUAUAAAAUUCAAUAAAAAACUUGUGAUAUGGGCAGUUAUAAUUGCCAUUGUUGUUGUUGGUAUAGUUCUGGGAUUAGUUUUUGGCUUAAAAGGCUCCUCGAGUUCUAGCGUUGCAAUUCCAAAAGCAGCUGUUGUGUCUAAUGGAAAAGGAUGUGCUGCAAUUGGAAGUUCCAUGCUAGAUGAUGGUGGUUCAGCAGUUGAUGCUGCUAUCGCAACACUACUCUGUGAAGGAAUAAUGUUGCCACAUAGUAUGGGACUAGGUGGUGGAUUUUUUGCUGUAAUUUAUAAUAAAACAACAGGAUCAAUUGAAACACUAAAUGCACGAGAGUCGGCGCCUUUAGCUUCAACGGAGGGCAUGUUUAUUAAUAAAACUAUAACAGGUGCUAUUGCAGGUGCUGUUCCCGGUGAACUCCUAGGCUAUUGGAAUCUCCAUCAAAAAUAUGGCAAGCUUCCUUGGAAACAACUUUUUCCACCAACAAUUGAACUUGCAAAAAAUGGACAUACUGUCUCCAUUUACUUGCACAAUGCAAUGAAACAACACGAACAGCGAAUUAUAAGUGAACCUUCAAUGGCUGAAGUGUUUGUAGAUCCAAAAACAGGUGGUGUUUGGAAUACUGGUGAUAUUAUGAAACGUCCCAAAUUAGCUGAAACUCUUGAAAUAAUUGCGGAGAAAGGAGCUGAUGCAAUAUAUAAAGGUGGUGAAAUUGGCAAAAAGCUAGUUGAAGAUAUGAAAAAAUUGGGUGGAAUUAUGACUGAAGAAGACUUAUGGAAAUACAAUGUAACCUGGGAUCCACCGGUCAAAGUUGACAUAUCUAAUGACUACACUCUUUACACUACACCUUUACCAAGUAGUGGUUCCGUUUUGGCAAUGAUAUUAAACAUUGUCGAUGGAUAUGACCACAAAAAUGACACACUCUACUGGCAUCGAUUUAUUGAAGCUAGCAAACAUGCCUACGGUCAACGAACCAAACUUGGUGAUAUGCAUUUCGAGGAAGGUAUUGAAGAUAUCUACAAUCAAAUUAUUGAUCCAAAGUUUGCAGCUGAUAUUCGUAAAUUAAUAUUGGAUGAUAAGACUUUUACAAGCUAUCAGUAUUAUGGAGCUGAAUUUGCCAACAAUGAUGAUCAUGGAACAGCAAAUAUGGCUGUGAUAGAUUUUGAGGGCAAUGCUAUUACACUAACGAGCACAGUUAACCGAUAUUUCGGUGGCAAAGUUCGUUCACAACAGACUGGUAUUAUUAUAAAUGAUGAAAUGGAUGAUUUUUCAACACCUGGUACAGUCAACUCUUACGAUAUACCAGCAUCACCUUCCAACUUCAUUAAACCAGGAAAACGUCCAUUGUCUUCUAUGUGCCCGGGAAUUAUUUUAGACAAAAACGGUAAUCCUCGAAUGUUAAUUGGAGCUGCUGGUGGAUCAAUGAUAACAACAGCAGUUGCUCAAGCAAUUCUCAAAUAUCUAGUCUUAAAUUGGGAUAUCAACGAUGCGAUACAAUCAAAACGUUUGCAUCAUCAAUUGGCUCCAAUGUUGGUUACUUAUGAGAAGAAUUUUGAUGAUGCAACUUUAAAAUACUUGGAACGAGUUGGUCAUGAGCUUGAAGAAGGCUCAGCAGGACAGUUUUCUGCUUUAACGACGAUAGGUAUUAAAAAUGAUAUACCUGUUCCCGUGUAUGACGAGCGGAGAGUAGGAAGUGUGUCGGUUGUAUAUCCGAAAAAUAAAAUGGCUCAUUGAAAUCAUUAGAUAUAACGCUCUUCAUUGGUGCCAAAGCUUUUCCAUUUUAUUUAAGAUAAUUUAGUUUUUAAUUAAUUUAUUUAAUUAUUUUAGUUAUAAUUAUAGUUUUAAGUUAACAUGUUAUAAAAAAAAUAUAAAGAUUAAAGAUUUUUCGAUAAAACUA